AUGGCAUUUUUGCAUUCUCACUCGACGGAAUGCAUGUCCAGCGAGCUGGAUCUUUUCACGCUUCCAACCACCCAAACGUCCAUUGAAAGCAGCAGCUUUCUGCAUUAUAAGCCUGUGUCGUCUCUUAGCGACGAUGUCGAUGCACCAUUGGAAUUUGUCGUGCCGGCAGGUAGCGAGCAUUACUUUGAUCUGGCUCACACUAUGCUUCAUGUUCAAGCUAAAAUCAAAAUUGUUUCGCCGCCUAAUAACGCCUAUCCUUACAGAGCGUACAUCGAGACGCUUCUCAAUUACGCUCCGGCUGCUAAAGAGUCACAUCUUACAGCGAGUCUGUGGUACGACGAUACGAUCGGCGGUUUCGAUUCACCAGCUAAUGCGGUGAGCACUGCCACAGCACCUAUUAUCGUGAACAAAGGGCUGGAAAAUUUUACACAGAAUCGACGAUACUUUGACAUGAUUGGACAUCUACAUCACGACCUCUUUAAUCAGGAUAAAAUGCUGAUUAAUGGCGUAGAAAUGCGCGUACGUCUAGUGAGGAGUAAGGAUGCUUUUUGUCUGAUGGACGCGACAGCCGAUGGAAAAUUCAAACUCAGCAUCAAAGAAGCUAUACUCAUGGUUCGCAGAGUAAAAAUCAGUCCUGGACUUUCACUGGCUCAUGCGCAAGCGUUAUGGAAAACCACGGCUAAAUAUCCCAUAACGAGAGUCGAAGUUAAGUCGUUUACUCUUCACUCGGGAAUAUUGGGUGAUUCGAUUGACAACGUUAUACACGGUCAGCUGCCGAAGAGAAUAAUCUUGGGCUUUGUGGAAAACAAAGCAUUCAACGGAAACCGCGCGUUAAAUCCUUUUAAUUUUCAACACUUCUCUAUAAAUUAUAUUUCUCUCUACGUCGACGGCGUACAAAUCCCAAGCAAACCUUUGCAACCACGUUUCACGGGUCUCGGCAAACUCUACAUUGACGCUUUUCAAUCACUUUACACGGGCACAGGCGUGCAUUUUCUCAACGAAGGUUUUGGCAUCAAUCGCUACAACUAUUACAAAGGCAAUUUUUUGACGGCUUUCGAUCUCACUCCUGAUUUAUCGGCACACUGUGCCACACUUUGGAAUCUCGUGCGCUCGGGUAGCAUACGUAUAGAAGUGAGAUUCGAGACGGCUGUUCUCACUGCUAUCAACUGUAUCGUUUACGCAGAGUACGACAACGUUCUGGAAAUCGACUCUAGCCGCCAAAUCGUAACGGAUUUUAGCGCUUGA